AUGUUCUAUCAAAUAUAUUUAAUUUUGAUAUUAAUUUUUAUUAAUAAAGAGGUUAACGGACUUGAAUGCCAAAGAUGUGAAGGAUGGAGUGGAAGAAAUCCAGCGGGAUGGAUAAGAGAUGUAAACACUGAAUGUGCUAAUAGAAAUAACCAAUGUUAUACUAAUUUUUAUUGUGUCAAAAUUGUAAAUCCAAAGGGUCGCCACACUACAUAUGAAACAUACUCUUCUCAAUGUUAUGAUUCAAGUCAACUUGUAACAUAUCCAGGACAAACUAUAUCAAUUGAAAAAAAUAAAUGUUAUGAAGUUUCGGAUGGUGGAAAUCCAGCUAGAAUAAGAAAAUAUUGUUUUUGUAGAGAUAAGGAUCAUUGUAAUGAUAAUAGUAGAAUCACAUUUAAUAAGAUUAUAUUAAUAACAAUAGUUACAAAAAUUAUAUUAAAUUUCUUUUAUUAA